AUGUGUAGGAUAACAACCCAACUAGCUUGUCAUGCUGCCGAAUUGAAUGAAGGAUACCAAUUAUAUAUCAAAGCUAUUGAAGAAGUACAUGAGCAGAUUUACAGAGUGGCUAUUGGAACAAAGUUUCCUGUUGAAACUUCUCCAAAUCAAUUAGAUAGUUGUAAUGAGGAGAGAUCUCAAUUUGUGCUAUCGGAUCCCAAUGUUUCAGUCACAAAAGGAAGGAAGAAUGAUGAAAAAUCCAAGGGAAAAGACCAUCUUACUUCAGGGAGGUUCAAAUCAAGUAUUGAGGUGGCACAAAAAAAUAAAAAGCGUUAUUGUGCACUAUGCAAAGAAUCAAGCCAUGAUAAGAGGAUAUGUCCCAAGUACCCUAAGAAAAAUGUAAAUGGACAUACUGAGCAAAUGGACUAA